UUUGAAAAUGGGGAUCUUAGCAAAGCCAUUUUGGAGAUGCUUCACAUCAAUAAGCUGUCGGUCCCUCAGCAAGUGAAGCCACAUCCUUAUAUGAAGCAAAUUUACCAUUUACUGAGCACACAGGAGUCGAGGCAGAGAAGCAAUUCAGAUGGGACUUUGGUGCAGAGCUUCCGUAGUAUACAAGGCACAAAAUAUAGCAAACCUGGUUGGAUCUGGUUCAACUUGUCAUACUUACAGCCCUCUAUGACUGUUGCUGAGCUGAUCUUACUGAGAAAAACCCUACACCCUGAACCGCUCACAGUAACAGUGGCUGUACACAGCCUGUCUUUUAGAGCAGGGAACCUGAGCAUAAGUGGCCCCCUCACUGAGCACCUGCUCACCCUGGACCAGCUUCCCCCGUCAGGCUAUGAUGUGUUCAAUGUGACAGCAUCUCUACCUAAUCAUGUCCAUGGACCACACAUCCUGGGCUUCCAGCUGCGCUUCAGGGAUGAAAGUGGCAGCCUGGUGCUCCAUGAGGCCCUAACGCAGAGCUUGUACUGCUUAAACACAAGCUCUUUAAGUCAGCCUCUGCUAGUGACAUACAAGGUGAAACCAACAGAGCGGCAGAUCUCUGAACACAGGCAGAGGCAGUACUGCAGAGAAAGCACUCAUCAGAUAAAUCAGCAUUCACAAUUGAGACAGCAGAGAAGCACAAAUGACACAGCAUGCAAGCUUUAUGAACUUCUCGUUGACAUACAUAAGUCUGAGCUGGGUCAAUGGAUACUGCAGCCAACAGCAUUUAACAUCAGCUUCUGCAGGGGUUUGUGCAUAAAGGAACAGGCAAAUCUUUCUCUGGCUGAUCAGAAACCAAAGGAUAAGCACUUGGAAAAUGACAAAAGUCCACACUGCACCUCACAGGAGACGUCCCCCCUCACAGUGAUGUAUCGGAGCGCCACAAAUGACAUCAUCAUAAAGCAGUUAAGAGAUAUCAGGGCACAGGGAUGUGUUUGCUCAGACAAAAUUAAAUCAAGUACAAAUGAGUGAAAUAACACAUUGAUAUCUACUCAAAUAUAAAGUAGUGUGUUGGCACAGAGUGUGUGGAUUAUAAUUCCAUUACCCAACACAGCCAUAAAAGUUUAGCACUGCAAAAAUAUAACCCAUAAACUAUUUAAGUAAAAAUUAUAAGUUACCUGAAGAAGAUUAACUUAUUAAUAAGAGUUGCUUGAGGUACUUGGAUAAUACAGUGGUUCCUAUGACCAUGAAUAUGAUCACCCAAUGCAUGGUGUAUGUUUAUGUUUCAUGCUCUGGCCAACUUGAUUAAUCUCAAUCAAGUAAUUAUCCUCUCGUUCAAGAAUUAGUCAAAUGUGCAAUGCAUCUGGUUACAAUAACUAGAGGCUGAGGUCCAUCAAGCCCAUGAAAAUGGUUCAAACUUAGGGCCUCUAUAAAAUGUGCAUAAGCACUGCAUAAAUAUCUCAUAAAGCAAUGCUGGAGGCAUGUCAGUACUCAUUGGAUAACAUUAAAGGAAUUGUGAGAUCUGGAAGAGCGUAAAGAGAACCACCCUUAAUUAUCAUUUAGCACAUUCAUGACACUUGGAGUUGUAAGGAGGAAUACAAUGUGUAUACAAAUAUGUAGAAGAAUCCAAUACAACGAUGUACAAAGAUACAAUCUGCUUCUUAACAGUGUUUUACACCUGAUUAACACCAAAUUUUGAGAGUAUUAAAAUCAAAGUCAAGUUGUAUUAGAAUGGCACUACAUAUUAGUUUUAAAUGAAAAUAAACCACUAGCACUUCAGCUGAACAGCAUUCAAUUUCAUGCUCCUAUAAGACGUAGAUACAGUAAAUACACCUCACAAUAGUUAAGAUGACAAAUGUACACUUUACACUUUCAUGAAUGUGCUAUUAGUAAAGACAAAGCAAUAUAUAUAUAAAAGCUGUUAUGUCAUCUCAAAGGUUUUAAAGCUUACAUAAAUCCUCCAGUAGUGCUUCAUAAAAUAUUUAUUAACUUAUUAAUUCAUUUAAAAGGUAGCCUGCAUGAAUGUACAUUCGUACUUUGGACCACAAGAGGACAAGCACUUCUACA